AUGCCUCCUAAGAAGAGCUCUGACGCCGGUGCUGCCGCCGCUGGCCUCGACUGCACUGACACCAAUGCCGCCCGCAUGCGCGUCACCGCGGCCGUCAACAAGCACCCGACUUGGUUCACUGGCGGCGGCGCUGUUGCCACCAACGAGGACGGUACUCCGGUCAAAAAGGCUCGUGCCAAGCGCACCCCGAAGAAGAAGGCGCCUUCCGAGGAGGAGGAUGGCGAUAAUGCUGAGAAGCAGGGCACGCCUUCCAAGAAGAAGGCACGUACUGCCAAGGUCAAGGAGGAGCUGGAGGAUACCACUGCCGAGGAAAUCAAGCCGAAGCUCGAGAAUGCUGAGAAUGCUGAGAUCGCCGAGGGCCAGAUUUGA